AUGCGGCGGGCGGGCGGUGCGGCCGAGCUGGCGGGGGAAGCGGCGGUGCGGGGGCUGCUGCUGGCGGCUUGCGGGAUCAUGGAGUUCCUGCCUCCCUUCCAACGCGUUGUCCAGCCUGAGGAGCUCUGGCUCUACAAGAAUCCCUACGUCCAGGCGGAUCGAGUCCCCACCCUGCCCAUGUUUUUCAUCUCCUUUCUGUCUCCCUUACUGCUCAUCCUCCUGGCGAGGCUGCUGAUGGGUGCUGACCGAGCAGACACACGGGAAGGUUUCCUUGCUGCCAGCCUUGCUCUCAGCCUGAACGGGGUUUUCACAAACGCCCUGAAGCUCGUCGUGGGGAGGCCACGGCCCGACUUCUUCUACCGAUGCUUCCCGGACGGGAGAGCCAACGCGGAGCUGCUGUGCACGGGUGACCCCGGGGUGGUAGCCGAGGGACGAAAGAGCUUCCCCAGCGGGCACGCCUCCUUCGCCUUCGCUGGCCUCGCCUUCUCUGCCUUCUACCUUGCGGGGAAGCUGCGCUGCUUCUCCCCGGGCCGGGGCAGCAGAGCUCUGCGCCUCUGCGCCUUCCUCCUCCCCCUCUUCCUCGCCACCCUCAUCGCCGUGUCCCGAACCUGUGACUACAAACACCACUGGCAAGACGUGCUGGUUGGCUCGGGGAUGGGCUUCCUGCUCGCCUACCUCUGCUACAGGCAGUAUUACCCUCCUCUGAUGGACUCCAUGUGCCACAAACCCUUCCUGCACAAAGCCAGGCCCCUGCCAGCACACCAGGAGCAUCCUGCAGCUUCCAGCUUCCACCUGGACAUAUAAACACGGGCUCUGCAGCCCCCUCUGUGCUGGGGCAGGGGAGGUCGGGGUGAGAAGAGGCUGAGGAUGAACGUGGAACCCGAGCAGGUUGUGCUGCUCAGGGCUUUGUGUGGCUUCACAUAGCUGAAUUUUGGGGCAUUCCUCCCUCCACGCUCUACUUUGAGGCACUGGGUGUGCAAAGCCUGCAGGAGGAGAGCCCCGGGUACCAAAAGUCCUGAAGCAAGAACUGGAAAAAAUGUGUCUGUGGUGUGGUCCUGAAAGCAUCAUCAGGGGUUUGCCUUCCACCCAGCAGAGCUCCCCAUGGGGAGGGGGUGCAGGACCCCAGGAUGAUGAUCCUGUGCCAGCCCUGAUUUUAGUUCCUUUGCCAAAUAAAGGAGGUUAAUUCUUUUAAUGAGCUGUGGUACUAAAAGCUUGACUUGAAGGGCUGGCUUUAUUCCUGGGUGAGCCAUCUCCCCCGGGGGGUCUGCAGGGGUUUUCAGACAGGAGUUUCUCUCUUGCAGCAUUAAUAGAGCUGUAAGUUGAAACUGAAACACUGUCUGACAGCAUCCCAUCAGAGAGGGGUUUUUCCACUUUGUUUUCUCAGGCCAUGGAGGGGUGAAGUGCUCCUGAGUCCUGCACAGCUCUGUGGCAGCACUGUUGAAAGCAUGAAUUUGCUACCAGUCUCCUCCACAGAUCUGUGUAUUCUUGGUCAAGUUUUUGUAGAUGCCAGGAGCCAGGGGAAGGCUGCAGUGGAGCCUCUGCCACGCUCAGGACCCUCAGGAGAAAACCAGGAUGGGCCCUGCAGCUGCAGUGUAAGGCACAGACACAGCUUUACUUUUCCCUGAACUGUGCACAUGGGGAUUCAUGCACACACCACAGUCAUCCACUCAUUUAUUUUGGCUU